UGGGAGGGAUGUAUUGUUUGCAACAGCUUUCAAUAUAUUUAAUCAUUUUUUAAACAAGACAUCGAUCAGACUAAAAAUAGAAAUAGCCAUAUAGUAAAACGGCUAUAUUCAGUCACCAACAUCCAUAAAAUAAGCCGAACUCGUAAACAAGACCCCUCGGCUACUGUCAUUACAUCAUAGGAAAGCUCCGCCGUUGAACGGAAACCGGACGUCAGUGUACCGGGCGAGAGAGAAUGAUCGCGUGCUAUGAGACGCACUGACGCGCUUCACGUCGCUCCUCCAUCACAAUUGUUUUAAACGCGACGCGUCUCCGUCAUGGAGGACUGGAGCGAUUGUUUGGAUGUGGCCGUGCAGAUCGCGCUAAGAGCGGGACAGGUGGUUCAUUUGGCAGUGAAGCAGGAGAAGCGUGUGAGUAGCAAAAGCACGCCCACAGACCUGGUGACGGAGUCUGACCAUCAGGUGGAGGAACUUAUAAUCUCCACGCUCAGCGAGAAAUACCCCUCGCACAGGUUUAUUGGUGAGGAGUCAUCUGCCGCUGGGGUGAAGUGUGAACUGACGGACAGCCCCACUUGGAUCAUAGAUCCCAUAGAUGGGACGUGUAAUUUCGUGCACAGUUUCCCCAUGGUGGCGGUAAGUAUCGGAUUUGCCGUUAGGAAAGAGCUGGAGUUUGGUGUCAUAUACCACUGCUUCGACGGGACGCUGUAUACAGCACGGAAAGGACACGGAGCGUUUUGCAAUGGCGUCCGACUGCAUGUUUCCAAAGAAAAAGAUGUGUCCAAGGCCCUUAUUUUAACAGAGAUCGGUGCGAAGAGAGAUCCCGCCACAUUGGACAUCUUUUUAGGAAAUAUAAAAAAACUGUUGAGUGCACCCACUCACGGUGUGAGGAUCAUUGGCAGUUCAACACUAGCACUUUGUCAUAUAGCCAGUGGAGCGGCGGAGGCCUAUUACCAGUACGGCCUGCACUGCUGGGACAUCGCAGCGGCUGCUGUCAUCAUCAGGGAGGCGGGCGGCUGUGUUAUGGACACCACAGGGGGUCCGCUGGACCUCAUGUCCAGACGUGUGGUGGCCGCAGGGACACGUGAGAUAGCAGACUAUGUCGUAAAACAACUGCUUCCUAUAAACUACGGCCGUGAUGACAGUGAGCCAGACGCCCAUGCCUGAGUCCCAAUGUGACCUCUGACCCCAUUCUAAGCCUUUUACCUCAAAAUAAGCAAUCCUGCCACAUUACAUCUACAUUGUCUUUUUAAUGCAAAAUUCACUUUUUUAGGUUUUUAUGAUUUAACAUCAAACAGUUUGUAUUCAGGUUACAGGUCACAUCAAACGUUUCAAUACAACCACAUUUCACGUUUUAUUACCAUGUAAUUUAUUAAAUUGAUUAAUUCAUGGAAACAUAUGUGACAGAUCUUCAUGAGCACAUACUUCAUACGUGUUUGAUUCAUGAUUUUUGGAUGCCUUGAAAUUGCACACAAUGCCAAAUUCAACCAGUUACCUACUGGAUAACAAACCAUUUGAUGAAAUCAUUGAAAACAACAUAAUAUAGAUCAAUGCAAAAUUAAAAAUGUUAUAAUUUGACAAAGAUCUAUCGUGAACAUUCAAUUGUAUUUAAUACGUUUAAGGAAGUCAUUUAUAUUGACAUGGUCAGUAAAUUGGUAUAUUACAGGAGGCAAAAACAUGCUGCUAACUUGGAUCAUUACUCGGGAAUUAUAUUCUUUGUAAUGAAAGAUGUCAGUUAUACGGUAUAAGAUCAUGACACGUGGUUUUACAAAGCGUGCUUUACCUUAACUGAUCUGUAAUUCAUUAUUCACAAGGAAAGAAAAAAUACAUUUCCUCAUAUACACAAGCUAAGGGACACCCUUAAAAAUAAAGGUCACAGCGAUGCCAAGAACAAUUUUUGAUUCCACCAAGAACCAUUUAAAGGUUCUUAUCUCUUUUUGACCUUUUAACAAUCUGAAGAACCUUUUUUUAGCCACAAAGAAACUUUUGUGAGACAGAAAGGUUCAUCGAAUGUUAAAGGUUCUUUAUUAGACCAUCUAGACUAAAAAGGUUCUUGUAUGGUAUCAUGAAGCACCUAUAUUUGUAAAGAGUAACCUUUACCUUGUAUGGGUCUGUAAGAAUAUUUAUUAAAUGCUCUUAACCACCUAAAAACACAGAAACAAAAUCAACCUUGAAAUUUGAAAAAGGGUUCGUUCUUAAAGAGACCUAGAGAACGGCGGUUUUAACCUUUAAUUCACUUUUUUAUGUUUUUGUAAUAAUAGAUAAUAGCCUAAAUGAUCUAACAGACGACAGUUGUCUUACAAAUACAAAUGAGAUGUUUAUUUUGCACCGACAGUGUUUUAAUUCAGUCGUUUCUCCUGCUGUGAUUUAAAAAUAUGUUAAUCCUGUGUUAAUCCUAUUGUAUAAAAAUAAAAGGCAUACACUUUAAAAUGAA